AGCUCGUCUAAUACGCCUAUUCAGGCAUUGCUUUUAUGAGAGUAUUCUUUAAAGGCACAUACUGUAGGAUGGAAACAAUGCAAAUUGAAUAUUCACAAGGAGAAAACGUAUAAAGGUUGUAAUUCGAGGUAGGCCCAUUAAAACAAGAAAAUACAGAAUCUGACUGCAGGUUUUAAAAAGUGGACGUGCGAUAAAACACUGAACUGAAACUGAAUACAUCUUGGAUUUAGAUUCUGUCAAGUUAUGUGGCUGACUUUAGAAACAACCAACUUGGUAGCAUUACUGGGUUGCAAAUAUUUCUGAAUAGAUCUUAACAAAAUUGAAAGAGUUAUCCUGACGAAAAGCAUGACUGACAAUAAACCUCAACAAGUGCGAGUGAUGUUGUGGACUAUUCCAAGAGCACUUUCCACGGCAUUUACAAAAUGUAUGAGCCACUUGGACAACGUAAAAAUCAUCUUCGAACCAUACCGUUGCGCCGUGAAGUAUGGACCGGAACGUACGUUCGUAUUGCAAAAAGAAGCGCAAGAGUCAUUUGAAAAAGUCAUGGAUUCUGCAGCGCAGAUCAACCUAGAUAUGGGACUUGACCACAACUUGUUUACUUUCAAAUGGGUUAAGGAAACAUUACUGGAGGGCGAUUAUCCAGGUAAAGACGUUGUGUUCUGUAAAGACAUGUCUCAACCAGUAGCAGCCAACUAUGACCUCAUUCCAAGUGGAUUUCGCCACACCUUUUUAAUACGUCAUCCACUAAAGCUAUAUAAAUCAUGGUAUAAACUUUUUUCUAGAGUUGUGCCAGAAGAUUCUCAGCGUAUAGACGAGGUUUUAGAGAUGGCCGGAUCCAAAGACUACGCGUACGGAGACCACUUUCAACUAUACGAGCAUUUGAUAUCAAAUGGAAUUGAACGAGAGCCGAUUAUAAUCGAUUCAGACGAUCUGCAGUCUGAUCCAGAAGGGAUCCUUCGAAAGUUUUGCCAAACACUGGGCAUCAAGUACACUGACAAGCUACUCUCUUGGGAGGUGGGUGAUGGUCUUGUUCAGAACUGGGCAACAUCUAAGUUACAGCUACAAAGAGGCAAACUGAUUGGGGCUUACCAGAAUGCUUUCGACAGUACCUGUUUUAAGAAACAAGGGCCAUUGCCAUUACGUUCUGAGCUAAGUGAAUAUGCUCUGAAGUGCGUUGAUGUAACCAUGCCAAUAUAUCAGAAAAUGUACGAGAAGCGUCUACGUCCUUAAACGCUAUGAAGAUUGAUUUAUCUUAUGCCAUACAUUCUUUUUAAGUAAAAGUUAUUGCAUAUACCGUUUUGUAAAUUAAGUUUCAUCAAUUUAAUUCAAAUUAUUAUUAAUAUUUAUUAA